AUGGCAGAAAUUAAUAUUGAGAAUCCAUUUCAUGUUAAUACAAAAAUCGAUGUAAAUACAUUUGUUAAUCAAAUUAGAGGAAUUCCAAAUGGUUCUCGUUGUGAUUUUACAAAUAGUGUGGUAAAACAUUUCUCAUCAUUAGGUUAUAAUGUUUUUGUUUGUCAUCCAAAUCAUGCUGUCACAGGUCCAUAUGCUAAACUCCAUUGUGAAUUUAGAAAUACAAAAUUUUCAACAAUUGGCUAUGAUGUUUAUAUAAUCGCCAGAGGUCGUAAAGUUACUGCAACUAAUUUUGGUGAUGGUGGUUAUGAUAAUUGGGCAUCCGGUGGUCAUUAUAAUCAAGCAGGUAAAACAAUAAAUUUUCUCUAA